AUGACACCCCACCACAAACCACACAACCACCGCCAGCGAACACCAGGACACCACCCCAACCCACCACAACCACGCCAGCAACACCAUGGCACCACCACAACACCACAGCCACCGCCAGCAAACGCCAUGACAACCACCACAACCACACAAACCACCGCCAGCAACACCAGGACACCACCACAACCCACUACAACCACGCCAGCAACACCAGGACAACCACCAACAAAACCACUACAACCACGCCCAGCAAAACACCAGGGACACCACCACAACCACUUACAGCCACCCAGCAAACACCGUGACACCACAACAAACCACUACAAUCACUUGCCAGCAAACACCAGGACACCACCACAACCACUACAACCACCGCCAGCAACACCAGGACACCACCACAACCACUACAACCACCGCCAGCAACACCAUGACACCACCACAACCACAACAACCACCGCCAGCAACGCCAUGACACGCACAACAACCACUACAACCACGCCAGCAACGCCAUGA